AUGAUACAAAAGAGCGCCUGUCUUUCGUGCCGCACGUCCAAAAUUCGCUGUGUGUUGGAUACGUUUGCCCAACAUGGCAAAUGCAAGCGAUGCUUCAACGCCAACAGCGAAUGCGUGUUCAGCACCAUUGCGCCUAGACAAAGAAGGAAAAGGACUGAUACGCGCGUGACGGUCCUAGAGAAGCGACUCUCAGAGCUGCAAGCAGCAGUAGACCUGCAAAGGCUGGCUCAGGAUGGUAGUGGCGCGACGCAUGCCACCGCCAGCCAGAUUGCGCUUGCGCCACAGCCAGGAUAUCACGACGCCAACGUUACAUGCCCCGGUGAGAACAGGCCAAGGAUUGGGACAGAGAAAUACCAGCCUGGAGAAGACGAUGAAAGUUCAUUUGGCGAUUGUCGCCACCACCCAUCUCUGGAGAGGCUUUUUGCUUCACGGCUGCUGUCAACGGACACCGCCAUACGUCUUUUCAACGACUUCACCAACAAUGCCCUGCCGCAGUAUCCCAUCUUGGCACUUACCAGGGCCGAAGACUUCGAUUGGUUCAGAGCACACCAACCUACGUUACUUCUUUCCAUCAUCGCUGCUGCCUGCAGAGCAUCCAACCCAAGCCUGUUUCGAAAGCUUAGUUUCCAUUUACGAGGGGAACUAUCAGAGCAGGUCAUGGUCCAUGGGAAUAGAUCUGUCGAGCUGGUCCUUGCCAUUUUAAUAAUGGUGGAGUGGUACGAUGUGCCCGAAGACAUGAGACGCCUGAACUUUUACUCAUGGAUUCAGACUGCAGGCCUCAUGAUACGCGAGCUAGGACUGUGGCCAUGGAGCGAGGAUGCCGGUUCAUCUGUGGACUAUACUAUGGCCCAGUGGCGCAUUUCUUUUGCUGCCUAUCUACCCUUGUCAACCGCCGCUGUCAGCCUACGUCGACCCACGCCAUUAGUAUGGACUGGGAGCAUGCGUAAUGGUGUGGAUGUGUUUGACAAGAAUAGUGUGCUCGAAAGCGAUAAACGAUUGGUCGCAUGGGUAAGAUUGCAAAUGAUAGCGGAAGAGGUCGAAACAUUAAGGGUCAAGGUGUCAUUGGCGGCCAAGGUGCAAGGCGAAGCUGAUCCUUCUGGUCUCGUUGAUCAACUUACUCUAUCGUCACUUGAAAGCAGAUUUAGUAGAUGGCGAGAUGAUUCUCAGCUUGUUUUCAACGGCUCACUCCGCAUGCAUUUCUUUUACUGCCGCAUCAAGUUUUACGAGCUGGCUGUCACCUGCAGCCCAUUCCGAUCGGCUUCUCACCGAAAGACACAGCCGCAGUCCUUGGCAAUUGCCAGGGAUAUGACUUAUGUUCGGACAAUCAUGUCUUUGAUACAAUCCAGCCAUUCAGCCCUGGAUACAUUGGUACUUUUUGACACGGCGACUUACCGCUGCUGUCCCACCGUCGUUAGUGUCCGGGCUCUUUACGCUCUACAGGAGUUAUUCGCAAUAUGGAAGGCUGUUCGCAGCCGCCAGGGAUAUCUAUCCGAGUUUGUGACUGAAGAGGUGCUAGCCCUUAAAUUCUACGCCAGACAAACAGAAGAGUUUUUCAAACAGGUAGUGGGAGCAGAGGAAUUUACUGUUCCUCGGAUGGCGUUGAAAGCGCUGCCUAAUCUUUUGUUUUCACUUGAUGAUAUCAAAAACCAAGAGAGACGGCAUCGGGUACAGCAGCCGGAGCGUUUUAAUCAGGGCAAAUCACAGGGACCUGCACUCGACUCACCAAGUCCGUCGGCCAAUGAUCUUGAAGUCAUAUUGAUUAUCGACCUGGGCGAAAUCCAAGCGCCCUCUGUGGGUCAGAGUCGGAACCAGGUCCAGGAUGGUGCAAGGACGGACGCAACGUUGGAGUGGCCAGCUACGUUGUCAACCAAUGAUGACUUCAAUACUACGCUGGAGGAUGCGUUUUUGGCUCCCGAGUUGGGGACAUUAAUAGCGUCAGACUCGGUGCUAGACCCAGGCUGGCUAUUUUCAGAGUGAGUUUAUGUGCCUGCGCCGUAGCUAAACUACGCGUAUAUUGGCUUCAAGAGGCGGAACGUAGUGCAUUAGUAUGUUGAAAUACGAGCGUCAACGCAAGGGAGUUUGGAUGAGGAAUAACCGCAGAAAUACGAGGACGAAAGACUUGACCGGCCCGGGCUGACGAAUUAAAUCACAAACGUCAACAUCUCUUUCUUCGUUUCCGUUCCGCCGAGUUCUUUUUCAGCUGGCUGGGCAUGCCAACACCUACGCGAAGCGUUCAAAAGGUCACUGGAGGGGCUUGAUGUACAAGUACUAUGUAAGUAAAAGAAGGCUGCCCGGUCACGUAGUGGAACCCUGUAAACUUUGCAACCCGAACAGGGGUUGUUGUUAAAGUGAGGCUGCAAUUAGAGG